UCAAAUUUGCUGCCUGUGCAGCCAUGGAUCCAAGAAACUAUGUAUCAAUUAGAAACUAUGUGUCGGGGAACGGAUAUCCUGAGGACGUGAAGACAAAAGAGGCGAAGCGUGCCUUUAGGAAAAAGGCCAAACCGUUCGCCCUUGAUGGCAAUGGCACGUUAGUGUACAAGAAGAAGAUUAAUGAUCAAAAGCAAAAAAAAGAGAUUCUGGUGAAGGUGCUUAAAGCUGGCCAAACUGAGGAGGUGUUUCACCAGUUUCACACUGAUGAAACUGGUGGACACAGUGGCCGGGAGAAAACAAUACAUGCCAUUGCAGUCCGAUUCUACUGGCCUGAUCAGUCAGUGCACAUCAACAAAUGGGUCAGGGAAUGUAAAGGAUGUCAAGCUAUGAAAAAUAUGCCUAGUGGUGUGAGGACAUUGCAGCCCAUUAAGGUGACAGGCCCAUGGGACCUUGUUGGCAUGGACCUCAUCGGUCCAUUGCCAGAAACAUCAAGAGGGAAUAGAUAUAUUUUCAGUGCCACUGAUUACUUUACGAAAUGGGUCGAGGCAUACCCCAUCGCAGACAAGUCAGCAGUUUCUGUGGCUGCAUGCAUCAUGAAAAUGUAUACCAGACAUGGUGCAGCCAAAGCAAUCUUGACAGAUCAGGGUAAAGAGUUCAAUAACAAGGUGAAUGAUUUGAUCUGCAAUGCAUUCAAGACAAAACAUAAAGUGACAGCUGCCUACCACCCGCAAACCAAUGGGUUAGAUGAAAGGACAAAUGGAAACAUCAAAAGGGCCCUCACAAAGCUAGGAUCCUCCAAUGACUGGGACACUAAGCUGGACGGAGUGUUGUAUUCGUUGAGAACAAAGAAGCAAACUACCACAAAGUACAGUCCAUUCCAUCUAUUGUAUGGAAGGGAGGCGGUGUUUCCGGCAGAGAUGCCAGAGAUACCAUUAUCUGUAAACAACUUACUGCCUUCCCUGGACAUCCCCUAUGACGACAGAGUCCGACAAAUCGCAGGAGAAAGAGAGAAAACAAGAGGACAUGUUAUGGAAAACAUUGAAGCCGUACAGGCAAAAUACAAGGGCAGAAGUAAGGGCAGAAAAAGGGCAAAACAGGAAGAAUUGAAGCCUGGCAUGUUCGUGAGCCUCAAAAACUCCCGCAAGAAAACCAGGGAAGGAUCGUCACUUGAACCUAACUGGCUUGGACCUUAUGUUAUUGAAGGAAUGAAAGGGAAGACUGUAAUGUUAAAGGACAUUGAGACAUCAAAAACAAAAAAAACAAACAUUGAUCAUGUCCAGAAAUACACCGGGUCCCUUGACACAGCUGUAAGCACAGAGAGCUGCUGUGCAGGAUCCUCUCCAGCCAGAAAUCUGCCCGGUUCUUCUGUAACGUCAGAUUCCACGGAGGCCCAUAAGGCUGAAGCUGACCAUACUCCUAGUGAGAGUACAGGUGGAACAUUUAGUUCAGAGACACCUCAUACCAGAAAUCUGCCCGGUUCUUCUGUAACGUCAGAUUCCACGGAGGCCCAUAAGGCUGAAGCUGAACAUACUCCUAGUGAGAGUACAGGUGGAACAUUUAGUUCAGAGACACCUCACACCAGAAAUCUGCCCGGUUCUUCUGUGACGUCAGAUUCCACGGAGGCCCAUGAGGCUGAAGCUGAACAUACUCCUAGUGAGAGUACAGGUGGACCAUUUAGUUCAGAGACACCUCACACCAGAAAUCUGCCCGGUUCUUCUGUGACGUCAGAUUCCACGGAGGCCCAUGAGGCUGAAGCUGACCAUACUCCUAGUGAGAGUACAGGUGGAACAUUUAGUUCAGAGACACCUCACACCAGAAAUCUGCCCGGUUCUUCUGUGACGUCAGAUUCCACGGAGGCUCAUGAGGCUGAAGCUGAACAUACUCCUAGUGAGAGUACAGGUGGAACAUUUAGUUCAGAGACACCUCACACCAGAAAUCUGCCCGGUUCUUUUGUGACGUCAGAUUCCACGGAGGCCCAUGAGGCUGAAGCUGAACAUACUCCUAGUGAGAGUACAGGUGGAACAUUUAGUUCAGAGACACCUCACACCAGAAAUCUGCCCGGUUCUUCUGUGAUGUCAGAUUCCACGGAGGCUCAUGAGGCUGAAGCUGAACAUACUCCUAGUGAGAGUACAGGUGGAACAUUUAGUUCAGAGACACCUCACACCAGAAAUCUGCCCGGUUCUUCUGUGACGUCAGAUUCCACGGAGGCCCAUAAGGCUGAAGCUGAACAUACUCCUAGUGAGAGUACAGGUGGAACAUUUAGUUCAGAGACACCUCACACCAGAAAUCUGCCCGGUUCUUCUGUGACGUCAGAUUCCACGGAGGCUCAUGAGGCUGAAGCUGAACAUACUCCUAGUGAGAGUACAGGUGGAACAUUUAGUUCAGAGACACCUCACACCAGAAAUCUGCCCGGUUCUUCUGUGAUGUCAGAUUCCACGGAGGCUCAUGAGGCUGAAGCUGAACAUACUCCUAGUGAGAGUACAGGUGGAACAUUUAGUUCAGAGACACCUCACACCAGAAAUCUGCCCGGUUCUUCUGUGACGUCAGAUUCCACGGAGGCUCAUGAGGCUGAAGCUCAACUCAGAAGAGUGACGAAGAGUGACGAGCAGGCUGCUGCCUUAGUAAACAAUAUAAGAAGGCUGGACAAAGUCGAGAAUAAUGGGCUGUACCUGGGAAAAGUGGGGUCAUAUCCGCUUUUAGUAAUGGAUCUGCAGACGCUGAUAAAGCCCAAGGCAUGGCUAAAUGAUGCGGUGAUUAAUGCCGUCCUUUACAGUUUGGUGCAGACAGCCAAGUCAAAGGUGGGAGACAACAUCCUCCUCAUUGAUUCCAUCAUUUUGACAAGGAUUAUACUUCGUAACAGAUUCACGGAAGGGAUACUUAACAAGAUAGGAAGAGCAGUGCACAAGCACUCGCUGAUCAUUGGAGCCAUUAACGAAUCAUCUCACUGGACGCUUGUGGCAGUGUAUCCAGAAACACACAAAAUACUGUACUUCAACAGUUUUGGGGAGAAGAGAUGCAGUAUGAAGAAGGUGAUAGAUGGAUGGAGUAAAUUUAUGGUGGCUGCAGGGGACAAAGCGUUGUGGACAACAACCCCAACAGCAAGCCAUCCGCAUCAGAAGGACAGCCACUCCUGUGGACUUUAUGUGAUCCAGUUUGCACAACACCUUUUGAUGGGAACCCCCAUCGACAUUGAAGAUGUGGACAUGACAAGAAUGACAAUAGCCAGGUCCCUUCUUGCCAGCACAGAGGAUCUCAGCUACCGCUGCUCCAUGUGUGGAGAAAUGUGUGAUCAUGAGAAAAUCAACUGCAACUGCCAGUACCCAUUUUCAUUUCAUGCUGAAUGCCUGAAGAAGAUGGCCGGUCCAUUCUGCGACUUCUGCAGGUGGACAGAUGAAGAGGUACAAGACAAAACAUCAACUCUCCAGUUCCAGCCAUUGAACAUUCCAACCAUAGCAGCAACAGGCUACGAUCUGUCAGAUUGUGACAGCUUGCCAGAAAUCCAUGGGAGGCCAGGUAUCUUUGGCGAUGUCAUGUACAGUCAGGGAGACAACAUACUAGCUGCAGACAAGAGCAUGGCUUUACAGGAUUUAUUAACAUCAGAUUCUAUGCUGACUAAGAAAAGACAACACGUGACAUUUUCAGACAAAACACCAUCUACCCAGCGCCCAUCAAGACCCAGACGAAAGGGAGCAAACAGCAUUGCUUCCAGUUUAGUGGAGAUGGGUUUCGAACUGAAGGCAGCAAAGCAGGCAGCAAAGCACACAGCUGACCUUGAGUCUGCAGUAGAUUGGGUGCUGGAGCACUCAGAGAGUGAUUCUGAUCAAUCGGAUUCAGACGAGAGUGACCUGCCAGAGAUUGCGACAUCUCUCAAGACUGCCAGAGAUUGCGACAUCGCCAGUGACGAUGAUGAUGAUACAAGAGAUUAUAGAGCAGUCAACAUGAGCAGAGAAACUCAACAGAAGAAAAGACGACUCAAGACAUCUUCUUCAGAAUCAAGACCAAAAAAGCGUCGGCAACAGGCAAAAAGCAGCAAGAUAAACCCAGGACCAAGCUGCAGCAAGGGGAGCCAGGUUCAACAAUGGACAAGCAGCACGGUGGGAGCACAGGAGAUUGCCGAGCUUGUGAAACCUGUGCGAUACUGUGGUCCGUACCCGACUAUCUGUGGGUUUUGCGUAUGGUGA